AUGCUACAGCGAGUUAUCACUGCCAGGCUGCAGGCAGUGCUCAGGACACGCCGCGCGAGCAGCGGCUUCCGCCCCGUAAUAGGAAUAGAGUGCCACGUCCAGCUCAACACCCCAACCAAGGCCUUCUGCCGCUGCGCGCCGUCGACGACGGCGCCCCCGAACACGCGCGUCUGCGGCGUUUGUCUAGGCGAGCCGGGGUCCCUGCCCGUGGCGUCCACAGACGCACCUCUACUUGGAUUAAAGGCAGCAGUGGCCUUGGACUGCGACGAACUAGCAGAAACGCUCGAGUGGGACCGCAAAAAUUAUCAAUAUCCGGACCUCCCGAAGGGCUACCAGAUCACGCAGGCGAGGACGCCGCUCGCGCGAUCCGGUAAAGUCCAGAUUGACGAUCGAACCAUCCGCAUCACUUCCCUACACUUGGAGGAGGACAGCGCCAAGACUACCGAUGUUUUGGAUCACAACCGGGCUGGAAUAGCUCUGGCUGAAAUCGUGACGGAGCCCGAUUUGAGGAGUGGGACGGAGGCCGCGGCCUUUGUGCGCGAGCUCCAGCAGGUCGUCAAGAGGUGCGGCGCGUCUCGAGCUCGCCUGGAGCACGGCGAGCUGCGGGUCGAUGUCAAUGUGUCAGUAACGCAAGAAGGUGAAGUGAGGGAACGCGUCGAGCUCAAGAAUUUGAACUCGUUGCGAGCCGUGCGUUUAGCUUGUGAUUUUGAGCUACGGAGGCAAGCUUUAUUGUAUGAAAGUGGUGAUACUGUUCAGCGGGAGACACUGGGAUGGAAUGGGUCCGAGACGUAUGUUAUGAGAGACAAGGGCGGCGCGGCCGAGUACCGCUUCUCGCCGGAGCCGGACCUGCCGCCUCUUCCAUUAACAGAGGCGCUCGCGCAGUUGGAUCGCGUUCAAAUAGAAGAGACGACGCCGCGCGCGGCUCGACGACGGUGCGUCGCGGCCGGGCUCGAUAGCGAAACCGCGAGUCUUUUGGUAGACCGCGACCUCGACGCGUUCUUGCUGGAGGCUGUUGAUAGCGGCGCCGACGCAAUGACAAGUGCCCGGUGGCUGCUCGGCGAGGUCGCCGCUUUGAGUACGGAGCUGCCUUCGUCAUUCACGCCGCGGGACCUGGCCGAUCUCGUGGGCGCCGUCGCGGCGGGGACAUUGUCAAGACGGUCGGCGAAGGAGCUCCUGCCCGUGUUGUUUCAAGAACAUCUUGGCGUCGCCGCGGAGAUUGAGAAACGGGGCCUGGCGCGCGUCGACGACGCCGAUUUUAUGAGUGGCAUCGUGGCCGAGAUUAUUGAUGAGAGUCCGGACGAAGUCGCGCUGUUCCGGGCCGGCAAGACGAAGCUGCGCAAGGUGUUGAUGGGGAGGUGCAUGAAGCGGGCCCGGGGCCGCGCGGACCCGAAGAAGCUUGGGGAGGCGCUCGACGAGGCGCUUCUCUAG